AGCACGCUUCCUCACAUGCUCAACUCAUGAUUUUAUUUAAUACCGUGAAAUUCUUCAAGCUGUUGAAUGAUUUUGAUGGAACAUUCAAACUUUGAGGCAUACCAAAACCACAAACAAAAUUAUACUAUGCAAUACAUGCAAACUCUACAAAAAUCACCUGUUUGACAUAAAACGACAAAUCAUUGGAAAAGUUUCUUUCAAGGAUAUCCUUCCAAAGUAUAAAUAGAUUAAUUCUGUGAUUCACUAUUAUAUAAUCCUUCUCAAAGCGAAUUUAGAUGAAUUAGCACUUUGGAUAAGUUGUAUCAGAAUGUUUUCCAUUAUUUGCCAGAUACGUUUGUCAGAGUUUGACAAAAAAUGUCUGAACCAGUACAAAGUACGAGUGACCAAAUUAAUGCAGUGAUACCACAGCAGGGCUUACUCUAUGACCAAGAGAUACCAGACUACAUUCUUUGCAAGCCAAAAUUAAUGCCAUUGAAGUCAAUUACACUUGAAAAACUUGAAAAUAUGCAAAAGGAUGCUGAGCAAAAAAUCACAGAACUGAAAUAUACUCAAGUUCGUUCACUGAGUCAAGAAAAAUAG